CGGGCGGCCGGGGCAGCGACGUCAUUUCCGGGCUGAGUCCCCUGCGCCGAGCGGUCUCUCUGUCUCUCUCCGUCUCCGGGGCAACGGGCAGCGCGCGGGCGGGAUGAGAUGAGCCGCGAGUGAGUGAGUGAGUGAGGACCCGGGCCGGGCCGGGCCGGACACGGGAGCCGGAUUUACCACUGGGCUUCAUAGGGAGGUUUCACGGCAGUCGGGUCACGACCCAUGACGGUCCCAUACUGUUGUUACGCUACGCCAAGUGGAGUACACGCGAUGAACUGCAGGUGCGUCAGGAAUCUCGCUGCAGCGUUUUGGACCAUUUGCAGGCAUAGGGUUUAGGAGCUGUUGCUGUGGACGGAGAAACUGAGACGUGAGCAGCCAUUGAUGGCGGCCAGGGUGCGGGUCAGCCCUCCAUCUGCUUGGUGUGCGGGCUGAGCUUCGAGGGGCUGAGUUUUGGUGGAGGACCACAUGGCAGGGCACCAGGGGAAGCGUUAUGAGUGUGACGUGUGUGGCAAGAUCUGGCGGUGGCCGAGCGAGCUGGAGACCCACCUACGGGUUCACACAGGAGAGCGCCCCUUCGACUGCACGGAGUGCGGCAAGAGUUUCAAGGCGUCAAGUGAACUGAAGGUUCACCAGCGAAUGCACAUCGGCGACAAACCAUAUGGCUGCUCCACCUGUGGCAGGAGCUUUCCCCGGUUGUCGCGGCUGCGGGAGCACCAGUGGGUGCACAGCAGUGAGCGGCCCUUCACCUGCUCCGACUGUGGCAAAGGCUUCAUAUCGUUGCCGAAACUGAAGGCGCACAGGCACCUGCAUACCGGCGAGCUCCCCUACACCUGCAGCAACUGCGGCAAGGGAUUCACCCGCUCCAGCAGCCUGCUGGAGCACCAGCGCACCCACACCGUCAAGGGCCCCUACACCUGUGUCCAGUGCGGCAAGGGCUUCACCCGCCCCUACAGCCUGCGGCAGCACCAGCGCAUCCACACCGGCGAGUGUCCCCACACCUGCGCCCAGUGUGGCAAGGUCUUCACCCAAUCCAGGAACCUGCGGGAGCACCAGCAAACCCACACCGGCGAGCGUCGCCACAUCUGCGCCCAAUGCGGCAAGGGCUUCACCAACUCCACCAGGCUGCUGGUGCACCAGCGCAACCACACCGGCGAGCGUCCCUACACAUGCGCCCAGUGCGGCAAGGGUUUCACCUGCUCCUACAGCCUGAUGCUGCACCAGCGCUCCCACACCGGUGAGCGCCCCUACACCUGCGCCCAGUGUGGCAAGGGCUUCACCCACUCCAGCAACCUGCUGGUGCACAAGCGCAUCCACACUGGCGAGCGCCCCUACACCUGCGCCCAGUGUGGCAAGGGCUUCACCCACUCUAGCAACCUGCUGAAGCACCAGCGCACCCACACCGGUGAGCGCCCCUACACCUGCGCCCAGUGUGGCAAGCGCUUCAAGUGCUCCAGCAGCCUGCUGAAGCACCAGCGGGUGCACACCGGCGACCAUGCCGUCCCCAGCCCGGUGGGUGGAGAGCGUUUUGCCAUGGCCUCCCAUGCCCUGUCUCACCAGCACGUGCACACCAGUGGCCAGCCCUACGACUGCCCGUACUGUGGUGAGGCGUUUGACAGCUCGCGGGGGUUGCGGCAGCACCGGCGGGCCCACGCCGGUGAGCAGCUGCCCCCACUGUGACAAGAGCAUGGGGGCUGCGGGAGCACCAGCGGAUACACACCAGAGAGAGACCCUUUGUGUGCGCUGAGUGUGGCAAGGGUUUCACCCGCAUGUCCAGCCUGUGGCAGCACCGGCGUACCCACAGCGGUGAGCGUCCCUUCCCCUGCCCGUCCUGUGGUAAGGGCUUCACCCGCCUUGACCACCUGCUGGAGCACCGGCGAGUCCACAUCUGCCAGCGCCCCUUCACCUGCCCACUCUGUGGCAAGGCCUUUGCCCGCUCCUCCAGCCUGCUGGCACACCGCCACGUGGAUAGGCGCUGUUUAGGUAAACACAUAAUGCUGGAAGGAAUGGGUAAUGUUUCUGGUCGAGACCCUCCUCAGUCUCGACCCAAACAGUCACCCAUUGAGAACCAUGAGAAAACAUUUCUCAUGAGAAAAACACUUUUCACACAGAGAGUGGUGAAUCUCUGGAACUCUCUGCCACAGAAUGUAGUUGUGGCCAGUUAAUUGGCUAUAUUUAAGAGGGAGUUAGAUGUGGCCCUUGUGGCUAAGGGGAUCAGGGGGUAUGGAGAGAAGGCAGGUACGGGAUACUGAGUUGGAUGAUCAGCCAUGAUCAUAUUGAUUGGCGGUGCAGGCUCGAAGGGCCGAAUGGCCGACUCCUGCACCUAUUUUCUAUGUUUCUAUUCCUUUUCUCCAGAGGUGCUCUCUGUCUCGCUGAGUUACUCCAGCAUUUUGUGUCCAUUUUUGUAAAUCAGCAUCUGCAGUUCCUUGUUUUUAAACCAUUUUGGUUAACCAUCUCUGCACCUUCCCCAAAGCCUCCACAUCAGUCCUGUAAUGGAGUGACUAGAACUGUAUGCAAUACUCCAAAUGCUACCUGACCAAUGUCCCUUAAAGCUGCACAUAUACAUUCCUCUCUCCUUAUCUCACAUCCUUUUAUCUCCUUAUUUUCUCUCGUCUCUGUCACUUCACUCAUCUGCCGAUCACCUGCCUCAUCUGUUAACUUAUUGUCAGUCUGAAGAAGGGCUCCGAUCCAAAAUGUCACCUAUCCAUGUUCUUCAGAGAUGCUGCCUGACCCGCCGAGUUACUGCAGCAUUUAGAGUGUUAGAGUCAUAGAGUGAUACAGUAUGGAAACAGGACCUUCGGCCCAGCUUGGCCACACCAACCAACAUGUCCCG